AUGCUGGACGCCACUUCGGUCGGUGCGGCGUCUGCCCCUAGCGGGAGACGCCGCUCUGGCAAGGGCAAGGGGGGCAAGGGAGCGGGUGGGGCCAGCGGGGGCAGUGGAGGUGGAGGUGGAGGCGGCGGAGGGAGUGGGGGUGGCGGUGGAGGGGGUGGCGGGGGUGGGGGUGCUAGUGGCGGCAGUGGAGGCGGGGGUAGCGGCGGCGGUGGUGGUGCGAGCGGAGGUGGCGGAGGCGGCGGCGGUGGAGGCGGAGGCGGGGGGGCGGAGGAGGCGGAGGCGGGGGGGGUGGCGGUGGUGGAGGUGGUCGGAGUGGCACUUCGCAGCGGAGCAGCACUAGGGGUG